UGUCAGUUCCAUUAGUUUAUUUAAUAAGUAUUCAAAUUUAGACCUAAAUUGUAGAAGAGCAAUAGACACCUGGAUUUAAGGUGUCACCUGCUUUAUCACUGAUCUUAUCUAUUUUUUCUGUGCUAAUAUUAGACAUGUGCAGGGGCGGACUGACCAUUUGGAAACCCGGGCACUGCCCGAGGGCCCGGGAUGCCCCUCUUACCUUUUUCAUAGGCUUUUUUGAGUUUAGGCAAGGACACAGGGGCCCCAUGAUCCCCUAUUGCCUGAGG